AUGGGUAUUAAUGAAGAUGUCCAAUUAUUUUCUGAUUUUGAUUCGGGCAAUAUGGCACGUUAUGAACGUGUUCAAAUUCAAACAACAACAUCAGACUUUUUGACGGAUAAUAUUCAAACGAAUGGUGAUAAUGGACAAAAAUUAGCUGAAACAACAACAAUAAAUACCCAUACUUUGCCAAAAUAUGAUUUAGAAUUUAAUUUAUGGACUCGUCGGGAUUGUGAAAAUAGUUUAAAAGUAAACUCAAAUCGAUCUUGGUUCUACUUUGGAAUCAAAGGUGGACAUGGAAAAUGUAUUCGAUUUAACGUGAUGAAUUUAAAUAGACAAGCACGGUUAUUUGAAAUGGUUCCAGGACAUGAAAAAUGGUCUCGUUUAUAUACUCGUCCAAUAUGGGAAACACAAAAUGAUGAUUUUAAAAUGUCGUUUAUUCAUCGUAUUGUUGAUAUGAAAACAUCCGUUACCUAUUUUGCCUUUUGUUUUCCAUAUUCUUACGAAGAAACACAAGAACUGUUGGACAUGUACGAUACACAGUAUGGAUCAACGCUGGUCGAUAAAUAUCUACAUCCAACAAAUCCAAAGUCAACCACGGCAAAUUCGGAUAUCUAUUAUCAUCGAGAAACGUUGUGUUAUUCAAUAGAUGGAAAUAAAAUUGAUUUAUUAACAAUAACAUCGUAUAAAGGUAUACAGCAUGAACGUGAACAUCAUUUUGACAAAAAAUUGUUUCCUCAAAUUCAUCAAAGAUUACGUCCACAUCAAUUUAAAAACAAACGUAUAUUCUUUUUAUCUAGUCGUGUACACCCAGGUGAAACUCCAGCCUCAUUUGUAUUCUUGGGAUUUUUAGAAUUUAUUCUUAAACAAGAUGAUUUAAGAGCAAAAUUAUUACGUGAUUUGUAUAUAUUCAAAUUGAUACCAAUUCUUAAUCCAGACGGGGUUAAACGUGGUCAUUAUAGAACAGAUCAAUUAGGACAAAAUUUAAACAGAAUGUAUUUAGGCAUGUGUUCGAACCCUGAUUUUGACAAACAUCCUAGUAUUUAUGCCUCGAAAAGUUUACUGAUCUAUCAUCAUAUUAAUAAUCAAAUUGAGCAUAAUAAUUCAAAUUCAGCCUCUAAACUAACAGUUUAUGAUGUAUUUCAAAAUGUGAUGCCUCAUGAAGAGAUGAAACGACGAAAAGAAGAAGUAAUAAUAACUAUGAUGACUGCUCAAUUAUCGACACCGUCAAUGAAUCGUCAGAUAUCAAUAGAAUCAAUAGGAAGUAUUCCAGAGGUUAGUGAAAAACCAACAUCACCAGUGGUUCGAACACCUCAGCAACGUUAUACUAAACUAAAAUCAUCUGUAACAGAUGGUAUUGAAUAUUUACAAACAGCUACAACAGCCAUGGGUUAUGAACAAACAAAUGAAUGGAAAACGCUAGGUCAGCCUCUAAUAGCAACAAAUCGUUCGAAAUCAAAAACCUCUCAUUUUCGUAAAGAAAUUAUAUACAAUCAUGACGUAUUGGAUACGACAACAUCGACAGCUAGUGACAUAAUGGCAAGAAGUCCCAGAAAAAAUUCGGAUCGAGUCACUCAUGAUAUGCCAUUUUUCUUACAAAAAAAACAAGAGUUAGAAAUUAUGAAUCAGAUUGAUUCAACAGAUAUUGAUGCACAAAAUUUUUUUCUUGAUCGAAGAGAAACACACAUUCAUAUCAAAGAAAAUACUGAUGAAGUUAACAAAUCGGCACCAUAUUCAUUCCAUUUUACUAACGAAAAUUUAGAAUUUCAUCAGGAUAUGUAUCGAAAUUUAACGGUGGAAGAUGAAGAGUGUUAUCAUAUUGGCAAUGAAGGAUCGGACGAUGAGGAUGAGUAUCUAACUGCUAGUGAACAAAAACAUGAUUCAGUUCCUACUACAACGGUUAUUGAAGCAAAAUCUCCACAUUUAUCGAAUGUUGAUUUAUUAAAAAUUAGUCCAUACGAAAGUGGUAUACGUUAUUACAUUGAUUUACAUGGUCAUGCAAGUAAAAAAGGAUGUUUUGUCUAUGGAAAUUAUCUGCAAGACGACGAUAUGCAUACCGAUAAUCUUUUAUUUGCAAAAUUAAUUUCUCUAAAUUCACCACAUUUUGACUAUGAUAAUUGUAAUUUUACAAUAAAAAAUAUGUAUAUGAGAGAUAAACGAGAAGGAUUGUCAAAAGAAGGAAGUGGAAGAGUGGCACUUUAUAAACAUCUUGGUAUGCAUUUAUCAACACAAAUGUAUGAUCAAAUCUUAUUAAAUCGAUGUCAUCUCUUUUUAGGUAUACUUCAUUCAUAUACAUUGGAAUGUUCUUAUGCUGUUGGUAAAACGUGUCAAUCGCUUCCUGCUGCUGAAAAUGAACAUUUUGGAGGUCGUGUAUCACCAGCAUAUCCAUAUUCCUUGCCGCAAAAACUCACGCAAGAACAUUAUAAAGAUGUUGGAAAAGCCUGUGCCUUGGCUGCACUCGACAUACUACCAGGGCAGAAUCCAUUUACACGUGUCACACAAUCAACAUUUCGUACACUACAAGCACUCAAAGAUUAUCUUAAACAUCAAGUAAGAAUACAACGAAAUAGAACAAAUCGAACAUCAGUAGCACCACCACCAACAAAUUCUAAUGUGACAAAUAGUAAAGGGAAACAACAGCUUCAUUAUGCGUCAAAAAUCCAUAAUUAUAAUAAUAAACCAACAAAUUUGAAUAAUAAUACACAAUCCACAACACCUACUAGUCCCUCUUUACCGAGCCAAACGAUGUGUGCUCCAUCGUCGACUUCGAUGACUAAAGCAGCCAAUCGAUUUAUUUCUUCGAAUCUAAAAUUUCGUUCAAAUAGUAGACGAAAUAUUAACAAUAAACAAAAUUAUCCCGCUCAAAUUGAAUCUAAUCCAUCUGAUACCUUUCCACAGUCAUUAUCACGUUUAGAAAUUUCUUCUCGUACACCAUCAUCCUUAAAAUUAGUUCAUUCAUCAUCUGCUCGACUUCGAGAACAACAGUUAAAUCAAAUGAAAUUUAAUCAAACAAUACCGAUUUCCAUUAUUGAUCCUGUUCUUAUCUCUAGACACAAUCUACUUAGAUUUGCAGCAAAUAAAUUACCAAUGCCAAAAAAAAUUCAAAGGGAAGAAUUUAAUUUAAGUUCAUUACCAGUUAGUCCAUUAGAUAUUCACUAUUGUCAUACUCGUAUGGGUCAAUCAGCUCCACAAAAUUUAAUCAAGCGUACCUUAGCACAUACUCUAAAACAACAGCCACAGGAACAUCAUCAACUACCGUUACCUACUGAUCAUCUUGUUCCAAUGAAAGCCACAUUUCUGACGUAUAAACAAGACAACAUCCAAAAUUCACCAAGGGCUUUAUUUGAAUAA